AUGAGAAUUCACACUCGAGAGAAGCCUUUUUCCUGCCAUCAGUGUGGGAAGACUUUCACACAGAACGCAAGUCUUAAUAGGCAUAUGAGAAUUCACACUGGCGAAAAGCCUUUCACAUGCUCUCACUGUAGGAAGAGUUUCAGACAGGCAUGUGGUCUCAAAGAUCAUUUGUCCUUUCACUCUGGAGAAAAGUCAUAUAGCUGUGAUAAGUAUGGCAAAACAUUUUCUUCAGCAUCAGUUUUAAUAAAACACCAAGAAAUUCAUCUAAAUGAAAAGCCUUAUUUGUGUUCACUUUGUGGAAAGAGUUUUUUACAGCUGCACAGUUUAAAAGAGCACCAGAACAUACAUGCUGGUGUGAGAGAUCAUGUGUGCUCUGAGUGUGGGAAAGCCUUUCACAGAGCACGUUACUUGGAACAUCACCAAAGAGUCCAUACUGGAGAAAAACCUUACAAGUGUUCAUGUUGUGGAAAGAGCUUCACUAGUUCAGGAAACCUUAAAAAACACGAGAGAGUGCAUACUGGAGAGAGGCCAUACCACUGUAAAUCAUGUGAGAAGAGUUUCAUUGGUUCAGGAAACCUGAAAAAACACGAGAGAGUGCAUACUGGUGAGCGGCCAUACCACUGCACAUCAUGUGGGAAGAGUUUCAGCCAAUCAU